AUGUACCUACUAAUACCAUCUAGCGAGCACCUUGCCAUGGAAUACACUCAUCCAAAGAUACUCAAAUUCAACAUAAAAGGAGGUAUCAAUGACCUUCAAGGCUACACUCCAGUUUCGGAUCUCGCCCCACUGCGAGUGACAAACGAGGUAUACCCAGUCGGCGAAGAGGAAGAAGUCUGGGACUCCGAAUUCACCCGCGAUGCUUUCGAACAGGAGAAAGUGGCCUGGGAAGAAAGCGAGACCCGCAAGAAAUUCGAGGUGACUCUGUCAAAAGCCAAAGACCAUAAGAUCAACAACAUCGUCGGGCUUGCCUGUGGUAGCCUGUCUCGACCAGGCAGAUCUAAAUCUGCCUUCCAGCAUGUGUUGCUGGUCACCGCAAAGAACUGGUUGCAAACAAACGGGCUGGAUGAGCUCUCCUGCUAUAUGCAGGAUCCGGAAUACACCGACGUCGAUAGGCGAAUUUUCCGCGACGUCGGUUUCCAAGUGGUUGACGACCCAGAGGGCUUUCUCAAGGUUGAUGGACAGUCGAUUGUGCUAUCCAUAGCAGCUAACGUACCUACGAAGCUCAUCAUCGCUGAUAUCGCUAGACCUGCUAUUGUGAUCUGGUUUGUCGUUGAAGAAAUGGAUACUCUCAUGCUUGAUCCUAAUUCGGACCGGGUUAGGGAAAUGAUGAAGGGGUACGACAAGCGUGAAUUCAAACCUGACGGAACGCAGUUCCGCGAUGCUGCGAUCUAUAUCAGGAGGACUAAGGAUGAGCCGCCUUUCCAAGGUAAGGCGUGA